AUGAUCUUACAACAAGUGCUCCUGAAAAAGGUAGUAGUUAUGGGAGCUUGUCUACUGGCUUGUUUGCAAGUUGCGAGCUGCACAACAAGGGAUAAGGAUGUAAAUUUAGAAGGCUUAUAUGCUUAUUGGCAUAGCAGGAUGGCUUCUAUGGAAAAACAAGUCCAAAUUUGCGGUAGUUUUAUUAGCAAGGCCGACUCUAUGUCUGGAGAAAUGCCAUUUGAUGCCAGCAGUUAUGUAAAGAGAGGAAAGGAGGCUAUCUCUGAAAUAACAACGGGCUUCUCGUCUCUUAGCAACAACAUGGAAGAAGUGAAAAAGCUAGUAGAAUCACUGUAUGAGUUAAACAUCUACAUUAAGAAAAAACAGCCUGCUUCUGAUAACGUGAUAGACAUACCUUUCAAUGGCGAUAUAAUGAAGGCAGCUACUAAGUCAAAAAUAGAUGGCUUUCUGUCAAAAAUGCUCAAUGACAGCACUCUGAUGAUUGAGAAUGUGCACAAAUUCAACUUAAAUAUGCUAAACUUUGUAGAAAAAUAUAGUCUAAAAAAGUAUCAAAAUAGCCAGCUAGAAGACCUUCUGCUGUUCAAACUGGCAAGAAAGAACAAGAUGUUUGCUACCAAUAUCAUAUUCGCUUUCUUUGCAGCAGAAUCCACAGAAUCAGCUUUCGAUGCAGACUUUGAUGAGCAGAGGUUAGAGCACAUAAUCAGCUGUUUAAACAACCAUAUUUCUAGCAAGGAGAUCUCAAAGUACAUAUCUGCUGUGCAAGAUGACAUACGAGAAAACAAAACAAGCCCUCUAGUGUCGGCUAAUGCACAUUUUCAAAGUAUGUUCGGUGAAUAUGGAGUAGGUACUAGCGCAAAAGACAGCAUAAUGCACAUAUAUUUUAAUUUGUCUAAAAAUUCUCUUUCCAAUGAAGAAAUAAGCCAAUGCGAAAGCAUUACACCAGAGCAAGUCAUAAGACUGGUUAUGAUCGAAUACCUAAUGGACGGGCAUCUGUUGAACUGCAAGAGAAACAGUUUGUUUUCCAAUUUAGGAAAAAUGAUAUCAAACAUGGAAGAAAAAGAGCAGAAUAAAAUACUUGAUGUGCUGAGCAUGCUGUGGGAUGACUGGUACUGCGAGCUGAGAGAAUCUGUUGGCCUGUUUUUUACGCAGUUCUGCAAGGAACACUCUCUCUGCUUCAACUUCUUUAUGAACUUGAAGAGCUGUUUCACACAUAGCAGAUGGAUGUAUGCAGUGGAUAUGUCCCGUGUAGAGCUAGAGAAUCCGUUUUCAAAAGGUGAGCUGGCAAAAGAAAUGCACUUUGACAUGUCGUAUGUACAUCCUAUGUGGUACAUGUGCAAGCGAUAUGAAAGCGUUAGCCACUUGGACAAGCCAGAUCCUGAGUUCAGCAAUAAGCCAUUCAUGGAGAGAGAGCACCGCUCAAUUACGAUCCGAAUGCACAGAAUAAGUAAAAACGAUGACGAACUGAUACGGGCAGAAAACAUGAGAGAUUUCAUGAACAUAUGUUUUUUGCCGCUAGCAGUCCGGGUUGAGCUUCUUUACAGACAGCAGGAUGCCAGUAAAUGCUAUCCUAUAGCGAGCUGUUUUCUUAAAUCUCUGGGAAUGUCUUUAAAAAGAAACAAAAUUACAUCGUCUCAAGAAGCCCAAGAAGAAGCUGGCUCUGCUCAUGAACAGUAA